CAACAAUUGUAGUCAAGUGUGUGUCCUUGCAUCGAGUGAAUUUUUUGAAGGACAACUUAUUAGCUGUGAUUCUCAGUCACAUAUGGUUCUGAGAGUCGUCUGACGGGUCUGUGUAGAAUCAGCGGUGCUCGAUACCUGAUUGGAGUUAGUCAGUUUGUAUCCAGAAGACAUGGUCAAUAUAACGAACAUCAAUUACCGAAGUAAAGUAGACGAUUUCUUAAGGAGAAGAUUAGGAUGGAUGCCGGCUCGCAUAGCGCUGGCCAUAAUAUCUUGGUUCGGCUUCGUCAACCUGUACAUGACUAGAGUCAACUUGUCCAUCGCAAUAGUCGCGAUGGUCAAGAGGAAUGCGACCACGGGCAGAGCAGUCUCCUGCGGCUCGGCGACUGACCAGAGCGAGUCGAUGUUGCAGUUCAAUAGCAGUCACGCCUUGGAGCUGACUGAGAUACCUGGCAAGGUGACGACGAUAGUUCCUGACUUACAAAAUGAGGAAGGUGAAUUCCUCUGGGAUGACACAACUCAAGGUCUGGUCCUCGGUUCCUUCUCCUACGGCUACGCACUGACGCAGGUCCUUGGAGGUCGCUUGGCGGAGCUGUACGGAGCCAGGAUGGUCUAUGGCGUUUGCAUCCUGGGUGGUGGAAUUUUUGCUCUUCUCUCUCCUGUCAUGGCGAGGUGGCAUUAUGGGGCUUUGAUCGCUCUUCGUAUAAUCCACGGAAUGUUUCAGGGAGUCUCUUGGCCCUGCAUGCAUGCUUGCAUCACGCGCUGGAUUCCUCCGAUCGAGAGACCGAGGUUUGUCGCCAUUGUUUAUCUUGCUGCCACUUUGAGCUCAGCCAUGACAAUGCCCCUGUGUGGGGUCAUUAUCGACAACCACGGAUGGGCGUCCCAGUUCUACGUCAUGGGCGCCCUCUCCCUCCUGUGGUGCUGCGUCUGGUUCAACUUUAUGCAUAACUCCCCCGAGGAGCAUCCCAGAAUCAGCGUCCGAGAACUGCAGUACAUAAGAACAGCCCUGAAGGAAAGUGGCACGAAGAGCAGCGCUUCCAGGAGGGUCCCCUGGAAGGAGAUCUUCUCCAGCCUUCCAGUGUGGGCCAUCUUUGCCGGCUGCACUGGAAACGGCUGGGGCAUCUCUCUCCUCUUCGCUCAGCUUCCGACCUACAUGAAGAACGUCUUGGGAUUCUCCAUCAGGGAUAACGGAACUUUAUCCGCAGCUCCCUUCCUCUGUCGCUACAUAGGGGGCAUCUUCUGGAGUUCUUUCUCCAGCUGGCUGAUCUCUCGAAAUUACCUCUCCGUCACGAAUUCCAGAAGGAUUUUUGGUGUACUAGCUCUCUGGGGACCUGGAAUUAUGAUCCUGGGAGUGUCCUUCGCUGGAUGCGACGCCACAACAGCCAUAACCUUGCUCUGCUUGGCUCUCUUCUGCAACGGCGCCAACACGACAAGCAUCUUGGUCAAUCACACGGACAUUGCUCCAAACUUUGCUGGAACUCUCUUAGGGUUAGACAACACCCUGGGAUCGAUCAUAGCUUUUAUUGUGCCGAUCGUCACGGGAGUGAUGACGGAAGGACAGGAAUCUAUGGAAGCCUGGCAGAGAGUCUUCUGGAUCUGCGUCCCAAUAUACUUCAUCACGGCCAUCUUCUACCUGUUCCUCGUCACGGGAGAGGUCCAGCCUUGGAAUGACGUCGAGUUUGUGAGAGUAUCUCCCUCCUCGUCUUCCAGUGCUUCUUCUGCCUCGAAGAGGCAAAAACCUCAGGACGUCGAGAGCUCCAUUUCGGAGGAAGAGAAGGCGCCGAUGAAAAGUUCCGAGUGAUGAGAAAGUAUCCAAAUUGUUUCAUGAUUUUAUGAUGGCAGGGCAAGGUUCCAGGAAAAAAAAAAAUAAAAAAAAAAAAAAGAGGCGUCGCUGCUGACUUAUUCCGUUAUGAAGGAAGUUACGUGUAUAAAAAAAAAAGUAUGAUGUGAAGAGAGGAACGAGGAAUUUCAAAAUUUCGAAAAUGGAAGAUAAAAAUGCCAAUGUUAAAGAUUUUUCCAUUUUGAGCAGAAUUAUGAACAUAAAAGCCAAAAACCCCAUUGUGAAAGCCUUCCCCUUUUAAUUCAUUCUUCCUGGUGCCUUUAUGCUUUUAAACAAAAAGAAAAUAGAUUAAUUUGGAACGAAAAUUUACACUAAGUAAAUUCACAUUCAUAGUAAAACAGUAAUGUAUUCAAAUUGAUUUAAAUACAUAAAAGACAACCUCUUUUUUU